AUGAGGCGACCCAGUUCAAGAACGUUCACUUGUAACGGGUUCUCAAUAUCGCCAUCUAUAAGGCGGCAGCUCGGCGUAGGCAUAUCAUCGCCGAACAUUUCGAGUGCAAAUGAACAUCAAACACAAGAUGAAAAGUUUAGUACGCCGCCCACUACGCCUGUGGUGGAAUACGAAGCCGACGAGCGUGGUUUCAAGCCACGGAUAUCCGUGGAGCCAGCGCUCCGUUCUGGUUAUCUCCCGCCUCCGCCUGGCGGAAAUGGUUACUCUCAAAUCCAAACCUUCGAAGCUCCUGAGAUAGUGGCUGCUCGGAGUCUGGAAGCUUCCCAUGGGCAGGCGCGUGGUACCUCUGGGUCGCUUGGACAAGACUACCACGACGUCCAUGGUAAUGGAUUUGGAAGGAAUGCUCUUCGCGGAUAUGAAUCUCCUCAAGCCAGAUUCAAUGGAAAGCAAAGUUACGACAAUGCGGCAUCAUUUGGAAGAAAUGCUUUUGACGGAGCCAAUACUGAACCAGCUAAGUACAAUUUCGGGUACAUGGUGAAGGAUCAGGAAGGCACAGAGUUCGGCCACCAUGAGGAGAGACAGGAGCAGCGCGCCCAAGGAGAAUACCACGUGGUACUCCCUGAUGGCAAGAAACAGACAGUAAACUACGAGGCGGACGAGCAGGGUUUCAAACCACAAAUAUCCUACCAAGAUACUGACGUGAGCCGAUCGGGAUAUGACAACAACGCUCAGCUAUUUCGCACCAAUGGUCGCGGUAACUAUGGCAACGCGCGCUCUAGUGGCUACUGAGCGAAUUAAAAAUGUGACGUCAAAACGUUAUUUUUAAAUUUAGAAUACAUUUAUUUUGUCAAAAGAAUUUAUUGCUGAAUUAAAUGAUAUGAAAUGAAA